UCCCUCGGACACAGCAGAUCACCAAUCCAUGGAAAGAGCCGAAGAUGUCGGCUCAGUCAUGCGAUCAGCUGUGUCCAAUCACAGCUGAUCACAGAUCAUCAGAGCACUGAUGAUCAGUGUGCCCUGAUGAUCUAUGUAGCCCCAGCAGCGCCAGCUGUCAGUGUCCAUCAGUGCCAGCUCUCAGUGUUCAUCCAUGCCACCUAUCAGUGCCACAUUUCAGUGCCCAUCAGUGCCACAUCAAUGCCACAUAUCAGUGCCCAUCUGAGCUGCCUUUCAGUGUCACCCAUCAGUGCCAGUCAGUGCCACCUAUCAAUGCCUGUCAGUGCCACCUAUCAGUGCUGCCAAUCAGUGCCACCUAUCAGUUCCAGUUAGUGCCACCUAUCAGUGUGCCUCAGUG